AUGGGCGAUUUCGUAGAGGGUACGUCUGUGCCGAGGGAUCUGGUACGAGACCGGAGCGUGGCCCGAGAUGGCUCUUUCCGCUCUCUGCUUGAAAAUUACGUGUGGGCGCUUAAGUGCAUCGAACAUCAUCUGGCGAAUACUGUCCCGGAAUUGCCCUACCGCUAUGGAAGGACGACUACGGACUACUGUGAGGCCAUGUGCAAGCGCGGUGCUGGGCGCGAGCUCGCCGCGCAGGUGUGCGAAAAAGAAGCCGAGCUGCAGGAGUCCUGA